UUUCCUCUCAAUGUCUCUUGCUUCAAUAUCUGUCGAAUAGUCGCAGCUUCAGUUCAUGCUUCCUUUUUCCUUCCCAUGCUAGCUUGAUGUCACUUCUCCACCCGACAAUACCUAGGUCAUAGCCGCCUGAAGAUCCGCGUUCUUAUCACCAGGAGCACUAUUAUGGUGAACCAGUUAUUGAAAUCUGUACGACAGUCCCUUUCGAUGACAUUUACGCAAGGCAUCCACUUGUUUCGACGCGCAGCCUGCUCUCAACUUCCUCAGUCCUCUCCCAAAACGUCGCUGCUUUCUACAAGAUUGAUACGUCAAUCUUCUACAACAUUAACUUAAGAUAUACUGGAUGUUUUCGCAGUUGUUUGCGCGUAUAACCUUGUAGGUUGUAACAUACUAAAUACCUUCUAGCAUAACUAUGACAUGAGGGUUUGUUAUAAUAUAACAUCGCGAAGUUGAACAGGCGUAUAUAUUAGGCUUGUAGACUAAUUACUUUGGUGCACCCCGCUAUGCCUCACAAGAUCAACUUUUCCCUGAUCAAACCAGACAAGCCCCUCGACGGCACGAUCAAGUUCCUAUUCAUGCCCAACGAGAUGAUCAUGGAGAUUGGUUCGUUCUUGAAGAAACCCGUUGACAUUGCCAACUUCCGCAUGAUCAACAAGAGGUACUCACAGUGCUUGGAGACAACUUUCUUCAAAGCACUUGCCGACAGCCCGAUCAUCUACGCUAGGUAUGCCAGCUUCAACAAUUUCCUUAAUCUACUCAAUUUCAAUCCUGUACUGCGCCAAUAUGUACAUAAUAUCGUUCUGGUUGGAGAGGCAUUGAGGGAGCACGAGUACGGGUAUGCAUGGGCAUGGGAGAACGUGACCGACUGCGAGGUCGCCAACAUCAUGGACGAGGACAUCAACAUCAUGAACACGGUCGACCAGGCUCACGCCGCCGACCUCACCCUCAACGGACCUUUCGUCAACGGCGGUGGCUACCGCACGAUGCUCCACACUCUCUUGACCCGUCUUCCCAACCUUCGCACCAUCGAAGUACGCAAGCUCUUCCCCGGCGAGCACCUUCCUGGUUGGGAUGGCCCGGAUGCUCUCAAGGACCUGUCGUUCUACCGCAAGGGCUUGAACACCAACCCCAUCUUCUAUGGCGACUGGCAGUACGAUACUCUCCACCUCCGCGUCACGGUCCACAAGGAUGAGUUCGGCGACGAGAUCGCAGAGCCCACCGCUGGUCCUCAGGCUCGCUUCAUCGACGACGUUGAGGGCGCCAUCAACACUAGUGGUACGACUGCGAGGGUGAUUGGAUCUACCGAUUGAGCUUCUUGGCUAUGCGGAGGAUCAGUAGGGCUUGCUAUCUUGAGCGUUGCUCUGAGGAGGAGAAGUAGGGCUUGCUAUCUUGAGCAUUGCUCUUCGGAGGAGGACUAUGGCUUGCUAUCUUGAGCGUUGCUCUGAGGAGGAGAAGCAGGGCUUGCUAGCAUGAGCAUUGCUCUUCGGAGAUGAUGAUACCAGGGUUUCAUGAGCUGUCGCUGAACGACGCUUUCUUCAUAGGGUUGCAAUGUUGCAACACCAAUCGAGACCACGAU